AUGCAGAAUAGCUUCAUACGCUCGAUAGCUGGUCCAUCUCGUGUGAACAUAUCUACGAACUCAUCUACAGGGAAACAGAUUUGUAAACGAUGUUUUUCACUGUCGGUGUUGAAUCAAUCGGGACAUAAUAGAUGGUCUAAGAUCAAACAUAAGAAAGGAGCAGUAGAUAGAGAAAGAGGUGCAUUAUUCGCUAAAUUAUCCAGAGAGAUCAUAACAGCGAUGAAACCACCACUAUCUUCUGAUCCAUCAUUCAAUUCCAAAUUAGCAACAGCACUUCAAAGAGCUAAAGAACAAGGAUUGACUAAACAAGGAAUCGAAAACGCAAUGGCCAGAGCUAAAAGUGCGGCUGAUGGUACAGGUCAAAAUGUCAUCUAUGAAGCUGUUGCACCAGGUGGUAAGGUUGUCAUGCUAGUUGAAUGUCUCACUUCAAAUCCAGCUAGAACAGUAAAAAGAGUCAAAGAGAUAUUAUCGAAAAACGGCGCUCGAACAUCACCUGUUUUAUUCAUGUUUAACAAAGAAGGAUUGAUUACUCUGAUCCCUCAACCUGAAUCAAAACUAGCGAAUUACGAUCAUCUAUUCGAGAUCGCAGUUGAGAAUGGAGCAGAGGAUGUUCGGGAGAUUUCCUUGGAAAAUGAAGAAGAAGGUAGUAUCGAAUAUGAGAUCUCAACACCCACAUCAUCCCUUUCACCAAUAACGAACCUCCUAUCAAACCCCCCUUAUUCAUCAGACUAUUCAAUCCAAUCUUCAGAUCUCGUAUUCGUCCCGACAGAUCCCAUAGCCAUACUGGGAGAAGGAGAAGCACAAGGUGAAGGUAUAAAUGAGGAAAUGGCAGAAAGUAUAUUUAGGAUAGUUGAUUUAUUGGAAGAGGAAGGUGAUGUAGUUAAAGUUUGGACAAACUUAGAUGAUUAA